UUUAAAAAAUUUGUAUUUUUAUUAUUGUAGUGACUUUUUAUUUAUUUUUCUCUGAUCUGCAGUUGGUUGAAUCCAAGGAUGUGGAACUCACCAAUACCCAGGGCCAACUGUUGGUCUUUUUUGGAAGUUUCUUUCUCGGGCUCUGGUGUUAGCAUUCAUCCAGUUUUUUUUCUCCUUCUCUGGAGACCCCUCUCUAAUGUUGGUGUUCCUUGGGGUUCUGUUCCAGCCCUUCUCCUCUCCUUGCGUGAUCGCCUGUACUCCAUGGCUUCACUUACCACCAGUGUUCUGAUGACUUACAAAUCUCUUAUCCAUAGUCCAAGAUUCCUCUCUUGAAUUUCAGAAUUAUUUAUCCAACAGCCUAUAUUAAUGCUUCCCAACCUUUGCCAUGUCAUAGCACACAUAGAAAGUGAUGGUGAUUUCUAUGCAGGAUGAUGCAAUCCAGCAUAACCAAGACUGCCCUCUGUCUCAGAGCUUGUGCUGCCCUGAGAAUUGAGAAGACCAAUAUGCAGCACAGCUGUUGGGAAGCUCUGACCUCUUGGAGAGACAUUUCUACAUGAUGCCUCCCACCCCUGGGGCAUUUCAAUGUCCUCUCUAUCACCACAAUCACUUUGGUAGUCCAAACCACAUCAUUUCUCAUUUUUCUCCUCUGUUACUGGAAAAAUCAGUUACUGGUGACUGCUAACAUCAGUACUUUGUAUGGUGUUUCCUGCUUCAACUAUGUGGUCAUUGAUUCAGUGUUGGGCAUCUUCAUUCCUCAGAGGUUGACAUUGUAGCCAUUUAGCCACUGGACUACAUUGAUUGAUAAACUGACCCCAGUUUAGAACUCCUGAUAUCAGAAGAUGGUCAGGUUGGUAGCUAGCCUCUCAAAACAUUUAAUAAUCUAGCUAUUCUCCAGAUUGGACUGACUCUGAGUGCAAACUUGUUUUUUUCUUUCUAAGAGACAGAGUCUUGCUCUGUUGCCAGCUAGCACACAGUAGCACAAUCCUAGCUCACCUUAACCUCAAACUCCUGAGCUCAAGCAAGCUUCCCAUCUCAGCUAUGCAUAUGGAUCAGCACUAUGCAUAGUUAGACCAUACCACCAAACUGCUUUGUUACCAACAGCUUGCAGCUACCAAAGACCUAAGAGGCUUAGCUUGUUCUAUAACACAGACGACUCAAGUAAGGAAUAAUAUCUGAUUAAAUAGCACUGAGGAGCGAAAAUGUCUUGAGCCUCAUCAAAAGACAAAGGGAUCGUGGAGCAAUCGUAGUUACACUUCUUUCACCUCCUAUCAGUGGGGAUGAAAGUUUGUGAAGCAUAGAGAAUUUGCCAAAAUCUAAACGCCUAACCUAUAAAGUAUGUAAGAACCUUUAAGGGGACAGGGUAAAAAAAAUAAAAAUAAAAAAACCUUUAAGUAAGGAGGGCAGGUACUUGCUCUACCCUUGUUCUGGCUGUGUUUAUUAAACAAGGGUAAACAUCUGAAUGAAAAGUAAAUCAUCUAGAUCUUCUGCUUACAUCUAAAAUUCAGUUAUUUGGAAAUAUCCAAAAGUAGUUAGAAAUGCCUGACAGACUUUUAAGGUUUUCCACCCUAAGGCUUAGGAAUGCAAGAGAUACAUGAAGUUCUAUUGGACUUUUAAGCCCCUCAAGGAAAGGCCCAUGUCUAAUUUUUGUCGUAAUCUCAGGACUAGGCCACUGAUCCCUAUUCAAUGAAUGUUAGAUGAUUGAAUGAGUAAGAGUAAAUGCUGUAGGCUUCCAAAGAUCCCCCUAUCAUUAAGAAAAAAGGUAAAAAAGAGAAAUGUAAACAUGUUCAUAAAAAGAUUUGCAGAAGAACGUUAAUAGCAGCGUUAUUCAUAAUUGCCCCAAACUGGAAACACUCAAAUAUCCAUCAGUUGAAGAAUGGAUAAAUUGGGAUAUAUUCAUACAAUGGAAUAUUAGCAAUAAAAACAGACUACUGAUAACACAUAGAUGGAUCUCACUAAAGAAUACAAAUACAAAAGAGUACAUACUGUAAGAUUUCACUUAUGUGAAAUACAAGAGCAGACAAAACUAUAUGGUGACAAUUCAGGAAGUUGCAGGGGAGAGUGGUGGUAGGUGCAGUGUAGUCAACUAUAAAGGGGCACGAGGAAAUGUACUGGGGUGAUGGUUCAGUAUCUUGUUUUGAGCAUUGGUUACACAGGUGUAUAUUUUUGUUGAAAUUCACCAGACAGAUCUGUGCAUUUUGUUGUAUGUUAAGGAUAAAUCAAUUUAAAAAACUUAUAAGGAAAAAGAUGAGGAAGCUAGUGGAAGUAACCAUCUUGACAUCUUUUAGGUUCCAAUAAUAACUGUCCUCAGGCACUCUUUUCAUCAAGCAACCCCUAUGCUCAAGAACCCAAAAUGACUUCUCUAUCAUGUCUUGUCAAAUCCAUAUCCUCAUUCUGAUCUCCUCCAUACAAAACCUCCUCCGUUAACUUCUCCCACUUCCCAACCUAACAAGGUGAACUGCUCACUGUCCCAUGCAGAUUAAUUUGCUCUCUCCUACCUGAGUCUCCUGGUCCUUACCCUACCUGGAUCCUAUUCAAGUUCUCUAUGCCCUUCAAAUCCGAUUUUAAAUAAGCCUUUUUCAGAGAAUUCUUAAUUAAUCGUAGCCAAUCUGAGCACCCUAAGUUACCUCACUUUUUAUGUUCCUUUAUUGGACUAAUAUGAUGCUUUAAGUUACAUCCUGUGUAUACCCACAACAAAAGCAAUUUUAAUAAAAUGGGCAGAGACUGUGCCUAGGGAUUUCUUUGUUUUUCCCUGCAGAACCCAGUUUAGAACUUGCAUUUCGGAGCCAGUCAGUACAAAUCAGGCUGUGAGGAUUAUACGGUCGGUAUCCAAGCAAAGACAAAUAGAUGUUUAAUUAAGGGCCAAUGGUAAUGGUAUUGAAGACUCUGAGGCUCUGCGGGUGCCUGGGUGGGCUGUUUGCUUUUCUUUACGCAGGUGGUUCAAACUCUCCCUACUGAGAUAGCUAGUGGCAGAGAACAAGGCUGUAUCCUUUUUCUGCCCACCAUUCCCUUCUCUAAAACUCGUGAGGAAGCUACCAGCCCUGCUCUCUGACGAGCGGAGCCUGUUCCUACCGUCGUUUUCCAGAUUGUUGGGAGGACCCGAUCCUGGAGGAGGAAGAGGGAGGCGGGAGCAUUUAAGGCCAAGCAGACACUCAAGGCUUUCCCAUGUAUUUACACCCAACACGCAUGCAGGAAGGUAAAUUACAAACACCGACGCUCACAGCCACAUAUACACGUGCACGCCCAGCUUCACAGAAGCAAAUGCGCAUGUCCGUGGGCCCGCGCGCACCUACUUAGUUUUCUCUGCCCUAGACGCCCCCAUUCCACCCCCCGCUCGGCCCAGCCCAGCGUCCCUACCCGGGCUCUGGGGAGGUUUACCAGGCCCAGCCCCACUGGAGGAAAGUGUUUCUCUGUAAGGGGGAGGGGAGGUCCUUCCCACCCGGGCGGAAGCGCCGCGCGCCGACCAGGCAGACUUAGCUCUCGUCCUGGGAACAUCUGGAGCGGGCUGGGCGGGGCGCCCACCCAGGGUGGACGUGGAUUGGCUGCGCGGGAGGAGGCAGGCGGGGUCUAGCUGAGGGGCGGGGCUCACUGGCCCUUUUAAAGCCUUGACAUCAAGAGGCGGCUCCGGCACCCCCCUUUCUCUGCCCCCCGCCCCCGAGUCGCGGCCAUGGACCCGGCGGAUUCGGCCUGCCCUGGCCCAGCUCAACACCUGAUUUCGGCAAGGUGACCGUUCCGGCUGCUAGAGUGAGUGUGCCCACCUAGGUGAGGUUGCAGAGACAGGGUGUGAUGUCGGAGGCCAUGGACCAGCCAGCUGGGGGUCCUGGAAACCCGAGGCCAGGAGAGGGUGGUGAUGGCAGCAUGGAACAGGGUGCCUGCCAGGAGCUUCUGCACCGACUACGGGAAUUGGAGGCGGAGAACUCAGCACUUGCCCAGGCCAAUGAAAACCAGCGGGAGACGUAUGAGCGCUGUCUGGAUGAGGUUGCCAACCACGUGGUGCAGGCACUGCUGAACCAGAAGGACCUGAGAGAGGAGUGCAUCAAGCUGAAGAAGAGGGUGUUUGACCUGGAACGGCAGAACCAGAUGCUGAGCGCCCUGUUUCAGCAAAAACUCCAGCUCACAACAGGCUCUCUCCCUCAGAUCCCACUCACCCCGCUGCAGCCGCCAUCAGAGCCACCAGCCUCCCCCUCCUUAAUAAGUUCCACUGAGGGACCAGCCGCCUCACUGCCUCUGGGGCACUGCGUCGGACAGAGAGAGGUGUGUUGGGAGCAGCAGCUGAGGCCAGGAGGCCCAGGUCCCCCAGCCGCCCCACCCUCAGCGCUGGAUGCCCUGUCCCCGUUCCUUCGGAAGAAAGCCCAGAUUCUGGAGGUGCUGAGAGCCCUGGAAGAGACUGACCCCUUGCUUCUGUGCUCACCUGCCACCCCCUGGCGGCCUCCAGGCCAAGGUCCUGGCUCCCCAGAGCCCAUCAACGGCGAGCUGUGUGGCCCACCCCAGCCUGAGCCCUCACCCUGGGCCCCCUACUUGCUGCUGGGCCCUGGUAGCCUGGGCGGCCUGCUGCACUGGGAGCGCCUCCUGGGGGGCCCAGGUGGGGAAGAGGGUACUGGGCAGCCUUGGGGCCCUAACAGGGCACCCCCCCAGGCCCAGGGUACCAGCUCUGGCCCACAGUGUGUCCCAGGCAGCAGCUCCUCCUCCUCUUCUGAUGAGGCAGGUGACCCCAAUGAGGCACCCAGCCCUGACACCCUGCUUGGUGCCCUGGCCCGCAAGCAGUUGAACCUGGGCCAGCUCCUUGAGGACACAGAGUCUUACCUACAGGCCUUCCUGGCCGGGGCUGCAGGCCCACUCAACGGGGACCACCCGGGUCCCAGGCAGCCAUCCUCCCCAGACCAGGGGCCCCCACAGCUGUCCAAGUCCAAAGGCCUCCCCAAGUCAGCUUGGGGUGGGGGUACCCCAGAGGCCCAGAGGCCGGGCUUUGGUGCUACCUCAGAGGGCCAGGGGCCCCUCCCGUUCCUCAGCAUGUUCAUGGGUACAGGGGAUGCCCCACUGGGCCCGCGGCCUGGCCACCCCCACUCCUCAUCUCAGGUGAAAAGCAAGCUCCAAAUUGGCCCCCCUUCUCCUGGGGAAGCCCAGGGACCUCUUCUGCCCUCUCCAGCCAGAGGUCUCAAGUUCCUAAAGCUGCCUCCGGCCUCAGAGAAGGUCCCCAGCCCAGGAGGCCCCCAGCUCAGUCCCCAGCUGCCCCGGAACUCCCGAAUCCCCUGUCGGAACAGUGGCUCAGACGGUAGCCCCUCCCCACUCCUGGCCCGCAGGGGUCUGGGUGGAGGAGAGCUGUCCCCAGAGGCCGCACAGGGCCUGCCUCCCAGCCCGUCACCCUGCGCCGCAACCCCGGACUCUGCACAGCUCAAACCUCCCCCGCCAGCCUUGUCUACCACGCUAUCCCCAGGCCCGGUGGUAUCUCCCUGCUAUGAGAACAUCCUGGACCUUUCCCGGAGCACCUUUCGGGGCCCUUCCCCAGAGCCACCUCCAUCCCCACUGCAGGUGCCCACCUACCCACAGCUGACUCUGGAGGUACCACAGGCCCCCGAGGCCCUCAGAAGCCCUGGAGUCCCCCCCAGCCCCUGCCUCCCAGAGUCCUACUCCUACCCCCAGGAGAAGAGUUUGGACAAGGCAGGCUCGGAGUCUCCCCAUCCUGGCCGCAGGACCCCAGGCAACUCAUCCAAGAAGCCCAGCCAGGGGUCAGGGCGACGGCCUGGGGAUCCUGGCAACACGCCUCUGCGGGACAGACUGGUAGCCCUGGGGAAGCUGAAGACAGGUCCCGAGGGGCCCCUGGGCCCAGAGAAGAACGGAGUGCCAGCUAAGCCUGGCUCUGAGAAGGCCCGGGCACCUGGGAGGUCAGGGGAGAAUGCUGGAGACAUGGUGCCCCCCAGGCCCCCUGAGCAGCCAGAAACUAAGGGGGCCCUACGGGGGGCAGUGGCCUUAGGCACAAACAGCCUGAAGCAGCAGGAACCUGGACUCAGCGGGGAUCCUGGGGGUCGAAUCUACUCUUCCCACUCCAUGGGGGCCCGGGUGGACCUGGAGCCUGUCUCACCAAGGAGCUGCCUCACCAAAGUAGAGCUGGCCAAGAGCCGGCUGGCAGGGGCCUUGUGCCCUCAGGCACCCCGUACCCCUGCCAAAGUGCCAACCUCAGCCCCCAGCCUGGGCAAGCACAAUAAGAGCCCUCACAGCAGCCCUACAAAGCUACCUUCCAAGUCACCCACCAAGGUGGUGCCCCGACCUGGGGCCCCCCCAGUCACCAAGGAGCCCUCUAAGCCUGACAAGGGGAGGGGCCCACCAUGGGCAGACUGUGGCGGCACCACUGCCCAGCCCACACCCCCAGUACCUGGCCCCGCAGACCCAAGCCACGGCCCCGAGGGGCUGGCCCCACACUCGGCCAUCGAGGAGAAGGUGAUGAAGGGCAUUGAGGAGAAUGUGCUGCGGCUUCAGGGCCAGGAACGGGCCCCAGGCACUGAGACCAAGCACCGCAACACCAGCAGCAUCGCCAGCUGGUUUGGCCUUAAGAAGAGCAAGCUGCCAGCACUGAACCGCCGCACAGAGGCCACCAAGAGCAAGGAAGGGGCUGGCGGGGGCUCCCCGCUCCGCAGGGAGGUCAAGGUGGAAGCCCGGAAGCUAGAGGCUGAGAGCCUGAACAUCUCCAAGCUGAUGGCCAAGGCGGAGGACCUGCGCCGGGCACUGGAGGAGGAGAAGGCCUACCUGAGCAGCAGGGCCCGGCCACGGCCUGGGGUCCCAGCCUCAGGGCCCAGCACGGGGCUGGGGCAGGUGCAGGGCCAGCUAGCCGGCGUGUACCAGGGUGCCGACACCUUCAUGCAACAGCUGCUCAAUAGGGUGGAUGGCAAGGAGCUGCCGCCCAAGAGCUGGCGGGAGCCCAAGCCUGAGUAUGGGGAUUUCCAGUCAGUGUCCUCUGACCCCAAGAGCCCUUGGCCAGCCUGUGGGCCCAGAAAUGGCCUGGUGGGCCCUCUUCAGGGCUGUGGAAAAGCUCCUGGAAAGCCGAGCAUCGAGCCGGGGAGGCGGGAAGAGAUGCCCUCAGAGGACAGCCUGGCCGAGCCAGUGCCCACCUCCCACUUCACAGCCUGCGGCUCCUUGACUCGAACCUUGGACAGUGGCAUUGGGACCUUCCCACCCCCAGACCAUGGCAGCAGUGGGACCCCCAGCAAGAAUCUUCCCAAAACCAAGCCACCACGGCUAGAGCCCCCACCUGGGGUGCCCCCGGCUCGGCCCCCACCCCUUACCAAAGUCCCCCGCCGCGCGCACACGCUGGAGCGGGAGGUGCCGGGCAUAGAGGAGCUGCUGGUGAGCGGGCGGCACCCCAGCAUGCCGGCCUUCCCUGCGCUGCUCACCGCCUCGCCGGGCCAUCGGGGCCAUCAGACCUGUCCUGAUGAUCCCUGUGAAGAUCCAGGCCCUACCCCUCCUGUCCAGCUGGCCAAGAACUGGACCUUCCCCAACACGAGGGCAGCUGGCAGCUCCUCGGACCCUUUCCUAUGCCCACCCCGACAACUGGAGGGGCUGCCCAGGACCCCCAUGGCCCUGCCCGUGGACCGGAAGCAGAGCCAGGAGCCCAGCCGCCCAUCCCCUACGCCCCAGGGCCCGGCUUUUGGAGGUAGCCGCACCCCCAGCACGUCGGACAUGGGUGAAGAAGGCAGAGUGGCCAGCGGGGGCCCUCCAGGGCUGGAGACCUCAGAGUCGCUCAGCGACUCACUGUAUGAUUCGCUGUCCUCCUGUGGGAGUCAGGGCUGAGGGGCUGCGCCAUACCACAGCCCCCUCUGGAGUUGAGGACCACAGACUGGACCGGCUCUCCUCAUGCCCCACCCCCUCGGAGCCAGUGGGGCCCCUCCCUGAAGGGACCAAGGAGGCAGGUGGAUAAGAAGGCAAAGGGGGUCCCUGGCACACCCCACUGCCCACCGCUGCUGUGGAUGAGAUGGCGUGCUCAGCUCAGGGAGAGACCCCACCCUUGGUCCCUUCUCUCACCCAGACUAAGGCUCUUUCUCUGAUGGGGGCUUGAGGCUGCUGUGUCCCAGCCCGCCAGCUCCCACUUCAGGCUGAGCCAUCUCGUGGUGCUGGGCUUCCCGCCCGCCAGCUGUGCCAUCUCUGCCCCAAAGCCCCACGCAGGGGGCCAUCCUGGAGGCCCUGUGUUGGUGGAGUUUGGGGUGCGAGGGACAAGUUGCCUUCUCUCUCUGCCCUGGUCCUCCCUGCUGUUUGGAUGGUGCUGCCCUCCCCUGCCCCAUUUCUUUGGGGUCUGUUUGUCUGUCCUUUUUGUUGUGUUUUUUUUUAUAUUAAAGCACCUGGCCCAGUCUCCACCCCCAAUCUCCACACUGCGGUUAAUUUAUCUGUCGUUUAAAACGCGGCUGCUCUGCUUCUUGCCUCUGCUUCUGCCGUACCCCUAAUAAAAUGUGGAGGCCCCUCCCUG